AUGAAAUCAUACAUUGACAAAUUUAAUGAUGAUUCUCCACUACUAAAACUGAAAGAAUAUGAGAAUAACUUAACAACAGAACAAAAGAAAGAUUUAACACCUCACUUUAGUGAAUAUAAUUUAAAUCCAAAUGAAGAUACACUUCUAAUGAAUAAGACUGAAUACAAAGAGAAGGUUAAGUAUAUACAAAAAUCUAUUGGAAAGCUAAACUACUUGAGAACAAGAGGUAGGCUGGAUCUGAAAUUUGCAGUUAGCAAGAUUGCCAGAUUUGCAUUAUAUCCACAUGUUAAAGUAAUUAAAGCUGUUGAUAGAUUAAUUAAAUGUACUUAUGUGAAAAGGGAUCUCAAUGUAGUAAUGAAAAGAGAAAAGAAACAGCCUGAUGAGAUAACAGUAAUCACUGAUGCUUCAUUAGGGUCAGAAUAUGAUGUAAAAUCAAGAAUUGGGGGUAUAAUAUGGUUUGGAAACACAUUUAUGUUUGGGUUUUCAAACAAAUCAUCAAUUGUUUGUGACUCUUCGGCAGAAUGUGAAUUAGAUGCUCUAAACAAAGGUGAAAAAUUAGCUCUACAUUUAAAGUUCAAGUUAGAAAAAUUAUUUAAGAAAAAUUUUAAAAUUAAUAUUAUUACGGAUUCUAAACCUGUAAUAGAAUGGCUUAAAAUAACCAUAUAUUGGAGGUAG